UCCCCCGGGCUAUCCAUGCGCACAGAGGCGGAGGCGAGGCUGGCGGGCACCGCGACCGACCGCCGUUAUAUCGUGGUCAAUAUUUCAGUCACGACUCGGGCGCCCGCGGGAUCGAUAGUGGGGCUCGCGUGAGGCACACGGCGCAAAAUAGAAAUUAUGAAUGGCAGAGGUAGGCGCGGCGGCGACGCGGCCGCGCCGUUGAGCGGCCCCGGUCGAGGACGUUGCGGGCGUCAGUGAAGCUCCUCCUCUCCCUCUCGGCGGACCCGCGGUGACCGGCGCUGACGGGACCUCGUUGAUGGGGCGGAGACCCACGGGGGAAAGCAUGAGAUGCGAGGGAACAGCCGUAGGAGAAGCGCGAUCAGCCCGCUGACACAGAAGGUAAAGGCCCCGCAACACCUGCUGCGACUUAGGGAGGACGAGGGCGACGAUGGGCGCGACGACGAAUGGGACGAUCGCUUCCGGCUGCCCAGCCUGCCGCGGCAGAAGUCCUGGCGGGACGACGACGUCCCGUCCAACGGCGACAGCGCGGCAACGUCCGUUUCCUGGUCGCAGGAGGUGGAAGGCGUGGCGACCCAGAGACUGGAGGAGCAGUGGGCGACGGUGGAGCGGACCCUGCACGAGGAGGGCGAUCAGCUGCUGCAGGAGCCUGCCCUGGACGAGUGUAUACAGUGGCGGACGCAGGUGCCGUUCCUGAGAGUAGUCGGCAGGAAUGCGACGGCCUGCAACGGCGACCGUAAGCAGCGCGACGUCGGCUCGGGCGACAAAAGGACGAGGAGACUCGAGCCGCGGGGCGACGAGUUGUUCGGAGAUCGUAGUCUUCUGGCGAAGGAAGGGGAGGAUUCCGUGCAGUACAAAUUGAACAGAGCCAAGUUCGAAGAUGUUCUCGACAUGAUGAUGGAACACGUGAUCUCGGAGCUCUUCCCGGGCGAGAAGAGCGACACGGACUCUCCGCGCGACGAUCUCAGCGACGCCCUGAGAAUAGCACCCGCUCCCGUUCAUGGAAACAGAAACUCGUCGAGAAACUCGAGCUCGAGGAAAGCGAAUUGGACGGAGGAGGCGAUCUCGCCUAAUUACAUCGAGAACAAGUCCAUAAGCAUAAGGAACCGAUUGCUGGACACGGAGAGCUCCCUUCAGACAAUAAAGAACGACGCGAACCGCCAAGGAGUCCAGAAGAGGAACUCGAUCUCGGCGAACAAACCGAGAAACUUGGAUGACACGGCAGACGACGACGUUUUGAGGUCCGAGGAGUGCACGCCACAUAUAGGCAGAAAUAAGCUUGGCACCGUUUUUAACGAGAGGAUCGUCGUGAGCCCCGUACCCUUUACAGUAUCCACGCGGGAAAGUUUCUCCACUUUGAAGAUGGUCCCGAUUAAAUUCAUGAACGAGAAUUUGGAAAUCUCUUCCCGCCAAGGAUCAGCUCGAUACACUGGCUUCCAAGGUUCCGCGAGAAAGUCGGGCGCAUUGAGGAAUCCGAACGUUCAUUCCGCCUGGCAAACUCCCGUAUCUCCCACUGUUUGGCCGAAGAAUAUUCGACUCGCCCCCAUAGACACUUCGAGGCUUCCUAGUAGCAAAAAUAACGGAUCGUUGGCACCGUCGCCCGCUCUCCUGCACUGCAACAGAAAACCGCUGAGCCCGAUUUCCCGCUCGGCGAUACCGAAAUCCGCCCACGCGACUCGCGAUCGUAGCGGCGAUUUUUUAGCGAUUCAGGGGAAGCACAUCGUACCGGCGCAAUCGAAGAUCAGCUUGCUCUCGGCCGGCUGGGACUGCAGUCCCAGAGUGGCCAGGGGCAAAAAGAAGAAAGCCCGAGCGAAGGAGAGACUUUGAGAAGAAGCUCAAAAGUCGGAAGAAGCGCUUCGAAGCACUUGCAUGCGAGAAAUAUAUUUUUUAAGAACGCCCGAGCGAGCCGAGGAGUACAAAAAUGCCCGCUUUGACGCGUUCGGUUGCGCAGCAGGCUGACGCUUGAAGCACGGUGAAACGCUUUAAAAAAAUGAAGUAUAUAUAUAUAUAUAUUUAUCGUGUAAAGUAUUUACGAAAGAUGAUCGUCGCGCGCGUACACGCGGCGUUUUAUUUUGAUUACCGUCAUUCUGCAGGUAAUACUGUUCUACCUCACCACGCGUCCGUGUUGUUCAAGUGUUCUACACGCUUAUCGCGAAUGGAUAUAUUUUUGUAUACCGCACUAUUAUAAAUUUAUUGGAUGUGAAUAAAUAUAGUAACGUUGUUGUUGAAUAAA